AUGUCGCUGUCUUCACAAUCCUCUGGCCCUUUUCGGGUCGUUGAGCAUAUCGUCGAAUGCCAACAUAUCAGGGAGUAUCCCGCGGCGACGGCAAAUGGCCAAGAAGAUGUAUUGAAUUUGGUGGUAAAACAAUAUAUCCCACUCGAUAAUCCCAACCCACAGCCAGGGGAUGUAACGAUUCUUGCUGCGCAUGCGAAUGGGUUUCCUAAGGAGCUUUACGAACCUCUAUGGGAGGAACUGUACGCUCGAUCAAAAGCCAAUGGCUUCCGAAUCAGAAGUAUAUGGAUGGCGGAUGUCGCGCACCAGGGCGAGAGCAGCGUUGUAAAUGAGGAUCUCCUGGGCAACGACCCCAGCUGGUUCGACCACCCCAGAGACCUCCUUCACCUUAUCAACGUCAAGCGCAAAGAGAUGCCUCGCCCCAUCGUCGGGAUAGGCCACAGUAUGGGCGGUGCACAUCU